GUAGCCGAGAGGUUAAAUACGACAGGAAAACUGGAGAGUAAAAAAAAGGGGUUAGUGCGAAUUAAACGGUAAUUUCUUGUGUUACUUGAUGAAUGGUAGGGCGAGGCUGCCCCUUAUACUUUAAUGACGGAAGCAACGUCGAAAAUAACUGGCGUGUUUUGAUGUAGCUGUAACUUUAAGUCUUCAUGACCAUGUAAACACAGUUAACGUUAGCAUGUUCCAGGAAUUAUUCUGUGCCGUGUUUCAUUGAAGUUGCUGUUUCCAUUGCGCUGAACUCCUGGCGGUAGACGUUACGAGCCAAGUUUCACGAUCGAUGUAUCCGGCAAGUAAAACAAUGGAUGCGGUUCACAGUAGGACUGGUGUCUUCUACCAGGCAAUGCCUGCUGUUGGAGCCGAUGGCAAGAACAUCAUGAAACUGAUUCCUGUACGAGUGGUCAAUGGACAAUUUCUCCAAAUUCAGACGAGCAAUCCUACAACAGAUCCUAAACCAAAGAGAAUUGUACACAUAAAUAUUGCCUCAGCACCUGUUCAGGUGGGGAUAAAGGCAGCUUUAAAUCCUUCUGCCACUCAGCAAAUUGUCAUGAAGCAGGUUUCCCUUGUGAAUUCCUUGCCUAAUCAGGUAGGUGUGGAUCUUCGUAAUUCAUUCAGCAAGCGUCCACUACUGCAACAGGCUGUAAAUGUAAUGGCCAAAGCACCUACAAUGGCAGCACCUGCAACAAACCCUGAGUCAGUAAGAUUUCCAAAGCAGCUGCCUGUGACAGUGAAAUCUCCAGUACUUCCCAGAGGACAGUACCUUCAGAUUCCCCCUAAUGCCCAAGUCCGAACAGUUCCAGCAUCUGAACUGCCUCCGGGUAUCAAGAAAAAGAUUUUCACUUCAUCAGCCAGCUCCUCUCCUGCCUCAGGAUCACCCAGUGUGGUCUAUGUGUCACCUAUCACGACUGUGAAUCAACGCAUUACAUCACCAAGUGAUUCUGCACUUCACUCGCUCAAGCUGCUUUCCAAGACGUCAAAUACAACUUCUUGUGGACUCCCAUCAAAUGGAUCAAAACCACAUUUAAAAAUGAUUCCAGAGGUGUCACAAAGGCCCAACAGCCCCAUAAAGUGGACCAUUGAAGAAGAGGACGGCACUGUGGCUCCAAGUCUUGAUCCUCUUAAUUCUCCUACUGUUACUUCAAAGAUUCUUCGGGCUGUAGCAGAGAGAGAAAAUGCUGGCAAGCGUUGUGAUGUCAUUACAAAACCAGUUUCUCAGUUGAGCGAGGGAAAAAGUAAGCAAGAAAAUGCCUUGGUCAUGUGCAAUGGGAGGGUGUUUUUUGUGGUUAAAAAGUGCAGCCCGCCAACAAAAAGUUCUGAAUUCAACAAAGCUACGGUGCCCUCAUCCCAACAAGCCCUUGAGUCAGGUGCACCUGAAAUAAAGCAGGACCUUAAAAUUAUUAUUCCAGAUGAGUCAGAUGAAGUGAUUGACCUUUGUGAUGAUGAUGCUCAGGAGGACUUGUCCCAGCAAGCAGCAUCUGUUAAUGUGUCAGCGGUCACUCAUCUGGAUGAAGACAACGUAAUAUUUGUGUCAUAUAUUCCACCCAAAUCUGAGUCUGGGUCAGCACAAGAUUUGAUACUCGAAAUACAAAAGGUACUUGAGAAGAAAACAGACCAAAUGGGCACAAGCAGCUCAAGCAGUGUGACAGAACAGAAGAGCCUGGAUGGUACAACUGGUAGUGAUGGCAGAGAUGAAAUUGCUGCUCUUAGAGGUAAAAAUCCUGGCCGGAGUAUGUUAUCCACCACAGCUGCCAGCGGCUCAAACAGCAACAACAGUCAGCAUUGCACCUCCAUCCAACAGUCGGAGCGCACGGAAGUUACUGUUUCUGAAACAGACCCCAGCAACGCUGACAGCAGCAGUGCAAUAUACUCUGGAAUGGAGAAGGACACCCACAAAAUGGAGAGCUCUAUGAAUCCUGAAACAAGGUGGACUUCUUCACCACAUGACGGCACCACGGCACCACAAUCCUGUGAAAGGGCCGACCACAUGCUGAGACAGAUAUUUCACAUAACAGCUGAUGUAAAAAUUUGCCUGCAGAGGAUUGAUGAAGGCCCGGCUGGCUCUGUCCCUGCAGAGCCUCCCCAAAGACAGUCCAUAAGGUCAGUGGAGGAUCAUCGGGAAGCAAAGAGUGUGUUGAAGGACAAAAAACUUUCUACACAGGGCUGUUACCAUCCUCAGGCAACUGACAGCGACAAUGGUGUCAGCCCUGCCAAACGAGUGAAAGUACUAACUGAACAGGAGCUGUCAGCAGGCCCAGCCACUUUAAGUCCUCACACACAUAUUGGACCCCUUAAAUGUUCACACUUCAAAAUGAACACAAGAUCUGUCUCUGCUUUGAAGUGCAAUUCAGGACAGAGCCCACUCAAGGGCACAUCAUGUGAACUUGAGACUGAGCCUGUGAUUGGCUACGUGGAACCCAUAGGUGAGGAUAUCCUCAGCACAGAUGAAAAUGACAUCCCCAACUCACAGGACACAGAUGUGCGGCCACAGAGUCUGACUUUGAUGGAUCUGAAUACAAACACGAGGAGGAUGGGAAGAACAAGAAAGCGUACAAUUUGUCCAUGUUGCAUCCCUGGUACUCAAGCUUCUGCCGUGAAGUCCAGAGCAAAAUCAGUAGAGCCAGAGAAGUGGGCAUGGAUGACAGAGCAGACAAGUAAGAAAGAUGUAAGAGCGAAAGCUGCGAGAAAAGAUGCAAAAACAUCUGGAAGGAUCAGCUGUUCAACAGCCAAGAGCAAGCAGAACUGUAGGACUUACGAGGUUCCAGCCAGCGACAGUUUACCCACAACGUCCAUGGACUUUGAUGAACAAAAACAUUAUGAAGAGAUCAAAAGACUCAGAAUGCUUCUGAGAGAGAAAGAAGCAGCUUUAGAACUGAUGAGAAAAAGCGUGAGCUGAAAUUUAAAUUCAGCAUUUCAAAUUCUAACAUUCUAACAUUUAAGUUUUCUUAUGAAGUUAAUGAAUUUAUUUUAGUACAUAAACUUUUAUUGGAACUAUUGUUUUUUUUUUGGAAUUAACAAAGACUAACACAAGUAUCACAUUACUUUAACACAGUGUCAUGUAAAUACCUGGAUGUUUGAAUAUGAUAGCCUAUAGCACCGCGGGUCACAUCCAGCCUGACAGAGUUUCCCAGUCAGACCUCAGGAGACUAAUCAAUUCAGAUUGAUUGUCUAUUGUCUUGUCUAUUAGAUGCAAGAGGCUUCACUUGGGAAUUGAAUAAAUUUUUUUUUUAUUAUUAUUAUUAACGAAUUUAUCAUAACAAAAAAGAAAGCAGUCAUACCCCCCCCCCCCCCGCCCACACAAGACAAACAAGCAAACAAAACCAACCAACACCGUCACCUACACACAACAACAACAACAACAACAACAACAACAACAACACAAAAAGUGUACCUUAAGACUUCCAUGAUAAUCCUUAAACAUCUUUGUACAGAGAGUAACAGCAGGCAAUAAAAAAGAUAUAACAAUGAAUACAUAUGUGAUUAGGAUGAUUCCAAAUGUUGCAGAAGGGGACCACAUGUUUUCUCUAAUGUGAGUUGGCAUUUAAAAUUAAUAUUUUGCAGUUUUUCUAAGUGAAUGGGAAUUGAAUAAAAAUGAGAUGCAGAACUUUGGGCAAUAAGCUUGACUACCUCUGGCCUGUAGUUUUACAGCAGUGUGGUAUGGUGAUAUGUGUGCGCAGAAAGAGCAGCAGCGGUGUGUUAAAAGAUGGCAGUAACAAGACUAAAAAGGGUUAGUAAAGUAAAGUGUAUCAGUGUAAUAUUAUAGGGACUGUCAGUCUAUGAGGCUCCCCAGAUGACAGAGACACGAGGUAGAAUAUUCAUUAUACAACCAUAUGCCUCAUGGGGUUGACUGGCUGCAGGUCACACAUACCACCAUGGCCAGUUCAGUGAUGUGCAGCUAGAAAGCUGUUAUGUUAUGCCUUAAAGCAGGGGUGUCCGAACUACGGCCGCGGGCCAACUGCAGCCCACAGUCAAUUUUGAAUUGGCCCGCAAGAAAUUUUAUAAAUAGAAUAGAAUAUGGCUCACUCUUGAAACUUUCAUCUGAGUGCAUUGCACUUAUUACUUUUAACACCAGGGGGAGCUACUGUUGAACAAGGCAACUGCCCCACCAAAAAAGACAAUCACAGAACAAAUUUACCCCAGGUUACCAAAUAUGGCAGAACCAAAGAAAUGCAAGGUAGGAGGCUGAAGGCAGCAUCACUGCUCCCACUUAGUGCAAUGCCAUUCCCACUUUAGCGGAGUUCAAAAUAUAUUCCACAGUAUCCGUGUGUUAUUAAGCAUGCAUGCACAUAACUAGUCUGCAGGUACACGUGUGACAAAUAUCGAUAAAGCUGCAUCAUUUCUGUCACUACUACUAGUUGCUGUGCACAGCGCACACACUGUGCAAAAUCAGCUGAUCUCAACUGAUGCAGAUCAAAGUGACAUUUGUCCGGAUCAGCACCGCAGCUGGAUGGUCAGUUCCUCGACCGAUUUAAAUACCCAGCCCAGCUGAUCCUCACCAGAAUAACUGACUAAAAGUAUAUGCACUCCUGUGAUUAAGUCCAAUUCAGUCUGUUAAUUCUGAUAAUAGUUUCUAACAAACAUUAAUAGGUGUGUUAAUAGGCCUAAAAAACUUAAUUAACGAGCUUGAAAUGUACCCAUCCCAUUUUCCCCUUUCUUGUUCUUUCUCUGUACUGUGGGGUUCACCAUCCUCACUCAGAAGAAAUCUGAGGCUGCUGUGCUGAGAAUGAGCUGCCAACCCUUUUUCUGAAUAAAUCAGUAAAAAUCCAUUUAUGGAAAGCUGUGAUGAAGGUCGUUUUUUUGUAAUCAUAUUCAACAAUAUAGCAUAUUUGACCAACUGUGAAUUUAUUUUUCUAACUUUAAUACACUAAAGGUGAGGCUAUAUACCUCACCUCUAGUGGUCCAGCCCCUACUAUAUUUUAAUGUAUGUGGCCCUCAGUGAAAAAGUUUGGACACCCCUGCCUUAAAGGUCACAUUGAUUGAAAAUAUUUAAGUAGUAUUUGAACUCUGUGUGUCUGUGUGUGUGUGUGUGUGUGUGUGUGCAUGCGUGCGUGUGUAGGCCACUGCGCAGUGAGAGCGCUAACGGACGAGAUUAGGCUCAUUUUAAACCAAU